AGGACACAUGGUGAUGGGAGACUCCUUCAACACUUCUCUCUUCAAGCAGACUUUCCAGCGGGCAUUUAACAAAGGGUUCAACGGGGAAUUUCGGAUGGCUUUUGGUGCAAGUUUGGACGUGAAGACCUCUAGGGAGCUGAAAAUUGCAGGAGCUAUUGGACCAUGCAUAUCCCUGAAUGCUAAGGGGCCGUGUGUCUCUGAAAAUGAGCUGGGGAUUGGAGGAACAUCUCAAUGGAAAAUUUGUAGUCUGGAUCCCAGCACAACUCUGGCCAUUUACUUUGAAGUGGUAAAUCAGCACAACGCUCCAAUCCCUCAGGGGGGCAGAGGAGCAGUGCAGUUUGUCACUGCAUACCAGCACUCCAGCACCCAGAAGCGCAUUCGUGUCACCACCAUAGCCCGGAACUGGGCAGAUGCACAGAGUCAGCUCCAGCAUAUAGAAGCUGCAUUUGACCAGGAAGCAGCUGCUGUGCUGAUGGCACGACUAGCAGUGUACAGAGCUGAGUCUGAGGAGGGACCUGAUGUUCUGCGCUGGCUGGACAGACAGCUGAUCAGACUGUGUCAGAAGUUUGGACAAUACAACAAAGAUGAUCCCAAUUCCUUCAGACUGUCAGAAUCAUUUUCUUUGUACCCCCAGUUCAUGUUCCAUCUGCGACGCUCCCCGUUCCUGCAGGUCUUCAAUAACAGUCCAGAUGAAUCUUCUUAUUAUCGUCACCACUUUGCUAGGCAAGAUCUGACCCAGUCUCUCAUUAUGAUCCAGCCCAUCCUUUAUGCUUAUUCUUUCCACGGACCUCCUGAGCCAGUGCUUUUGGACAGCAGCAGUAUUCUUCCUGACAGAAUCCUGCUGAUGGAUACUUUCUUCCAGAUAGUUAUCUACCUUGGUGAGACUAUUGCACAGUGGCAGAAAGCUGGUUACCAAGACAUGCCUGAAUAUGAAAACUUCAAGCACCUCCUGCAGGCCCCACUGGAUGAUGCCCAGGAAAUCUUACAUACUCGAUUCCCAAUGCCACGUUAUGUCCACACAGAACAUGGGGGCAGUCAGGCCCGGUUCCUCUUGUCUAAAGUGAACCCCUCUCAGACCCACAGUAACCUCUACGCAUGGGGACAGGAAUCAGGAGCUCCGAUCUUGACAGAUGAUGUUAGUCUCCAGGUAUUCAUGGACCAUCUAAAAAAGCUGGCAGUUUCAAGUGCUUCGUGA